AUGCCCGGCCAUAUCGUGAAGUCCACCGGGCCAGACCCUGACCCCUCGGAAUGGCUGUUCGUGUCCAGAGAACAAAAGGUCCAAGACCAGAGCAAGCCUUAUAAUCCCAAAAAGUCCUGCUGGGUGCCCUCUGGUGACGGUGGAUUCCUCGAAGGCGAUAUUGUGGGCAGCAAGGGUGACGUUAUGACUGUCCUAACUAAAGGAGGAGACACCAAGACAUGUAAGAAGGACCAGGUUUCACAGGUCAAUCCUCCUAAGUACGAGAAAUGCGAGGACAUGUCCAACUUGACCUACCUUAACGAUGCCUCUGUCCUGUACAACUUAACCAGUCGUUACCAAGCCAAGCUCAUCUACACCUACUCUGGCCUCUUCUGCAUCGCCGUCAACCCCUACAAGCGCUUCCCCAUCUACACCAACCGCACCGUCAAGAUCUACCAGGGCAAGAGGCGCAAUGAGGUGCCUCCCCAUCUCUUCGCUAUUGCCGACGGGGCUUACAUGAACAUGUUGCAAAAUGGCGAGAACCAGUCGAUGCUGAUUACUGGCGAGUCUGGCGCCGGAAAGACAGAGAACACGAAGAAGGUGUUGUCCUACUUCGCCAACGUCGGCGCUUCCACUAAGACGACGGACGAUAGUAAACCGAACCUAGAGGACCAAAUCGUGCAGACGAACCCUGUCCUUGAGGCUUUCGGUAACGCUAAGACCACUCGGAACGACAACUCAUCUCGUUUCGGCAAGUUCAUCCGCAUCCACUUCGCCCCCAACGGCAAGCUGUCCGGCGCUGACAUCGAGGUGUACCUGCUGGAGAAGGCUCGCGUCAUCUCCCAGCAGCCGCUCGAGCGCUCCUACCACAUCUUCUACCAGAUGAUGUCAGAUCAGGUCAAAGAAAUGAAGUCUCUGUGCUUCCUCACCGACAACAUUUAUGACUACCACUUUGUAUCCCAGGGUAAAGUCACCGUGCCAUCCAUCGAUGACAAAGAAGAAAUGGAAUUUACUCACAAUGCCUUUGACAUUCUCAAUUUCUCCAAUGAAGAGCGUAACAACUGCUACAUGAUCACUGCCGCUGUCAUGCACAUGGGCGAGAUGACGUUCAAGCAGAGAGGUCGCGAGGAACAGGCAGAAUCUGACGGCGAAGAGGUCGGCGAGAUUGUGGGCAUGCUGCUCGGCAUCGACAGAAGCGAACUAUACAAAAACCUGUGCAAGCCCAAGAUCAAAGUGGGCACCGAGUUCGUCACGCAGGGCAGGAACGUGAAUCAAGUGAACUACUCCGUCGGCGCCUUGUCCAAAGCAAUGUUCGACCGCUUGUUCAAGUGGCUGGUGAGGAAGUGCAACCAGACUCUGGAGACCGGACAGAAGCGCGCUAUGUUCAUCGGUGUCUUGGAUAUCGCUGGCUUCGAAAUUUUUGACUUCAACGGCUUCGAACAGAUCUGCAUCAACUUCUGUAACGAGAAGUUGCAGCAGUUCUUCAACCACCACAUGUUCGUGCUUGAGCAAGAGGAGUACAAAAGACAGACAAUAGAUUGGGUCUUUGUCGACUUUGGAAUGGAUCUCCAGGCCUGCAUCGAUCUCUUCGAGAAAAAACUUGGCCUCCUCGCCAUCCUCGAGGAAGAGUCUAUGUUCCCCAAGGCAACGGACAAGACAUUUGAGGAGAAGCUGAAGGCCAACCAUCUGGGCAAGUCUCCCUGCUUCAUCAAACACAGAGCUACCAAGCCCGGCCAAGCUGAUGCCCAUUUCGCCAUCGUCCACUACGCAGGCACUGUUCCCUAUAAUGUUACGGGCUGGCUUGAGAAGAACAAGGACCCCCUCAACGAUACAGUUGUAGAUCAGAUCAAGAAGGCCUCCAACAGUCUGAUUGUGGAGCUCUUUGCUGACCACACCGGCCAGUCCGGAGCCGAGGAUGCUGGAGGCAAGCGAGGACGUGGAAAAGGUGGUAAAUCGUCUAGCGGUUUUAAGACAGUCUCUUCGGGCUACAGGGAUCAGCUGAACAGCCUGAUGACAACCCUGAAUGCCACUUACCCGCACUUCAUCCGCUGCAUUGUUCCUAAUGAAACUAAAACUCCUGGCGCUGUCGAUCCUACCCUCAUCAUGCAUCAGUUGACUUGCAACGGCGUGCUUGAAGGCAUUCGGAUCUGCCGCAAGGGCUUCCCCAAUCGGAUGGUCUACCCCGACUUCAGGCACAGAUACGCCAUUUUAGCUUCCAAAGCCAUGUCAGAGAGUGAGGAUGCCAAGAAGGCCACCGCUACGUGUCUGGAAACUAUUAAAAUGGCACCAGAAAGUUACCGCCUUGGAACUACCAAGGUAUUCUUCCGCGCCGGGGUCCUUGGCGGCCUGGAAGAGCUUCGCGACGACCGCCUGGUCCAAGUGCUCUCGUGGCUGCAGGCCUGGAUCCGGGGGCUCAUCAGUCGCGCCCAAUAUAAGAAGCUCCAGGAGCAGCGCGUCGCCCUCAUCGUCGUGCAGCGCAAUCUGAGGAAGUACCUCAGGCUCCGCAACUGGCCUUGGUACCGCAUGUGGCAGAAGGUCAAGCCGCUCCUUAACGUCACUCGCGUCGAGGACAAGAUGCGCGCCCUCGAGGAGAAGGCGGCUAAGGCCCAAGAGGACUAUGAAAGCGAAGCUAAACAUAGAAAAGAACUUGAGGCUACAAAUCUCAUACUGCUUGAAGAGAAAAAUAACCUCAUGAUUGUCCUAGAAUCCACCAAAGGCAGUGUAUCAGAUUACUUAGAGAAACAAGCGAAACUGCAAAGGCAGAAUGCUGAUUUGGAGACUCAUUUAAACGAGGUAGCUGAUCGUCUCCAGCAAGAAGAAGAUGCUCGCAACCAGAUGUUCCAAGGGAAAAGGAAGAUCGAGCAAGAGGCGAGUAACCUGAGGCAAGAAAUCGAAGACCUUGAGCUGACCAUACAGAAAGCCGAACAAGAGCAGGCCUCGAAAGACCACUUGAUUCGGAAUCUCAACGACGAGACGGCUCACCAGGACGAACUCAUCAACAAGGUAAACAAGGAGAAGAAGUGCCUCCAGGAAAAUAACCUUAAAAUUGCUGAGAGCCUCCAGAGAGUUGAGGAUAAAUGGAAUCACUUGAAUAAGAUCAAGGCUAAGCUUGAGCAAACACUUAAUGAACUUGAAGAUUCUCUCGAGCGCGAAAAGAAACUCCGGAGUGAUACAGAGAAAUCUAAGAAGAAGGUUGAGUCAGACUUGAAACUGACCCAAGAAGCCAUCGCUGGCCUGGAGAGAAACAAUAGUGAACUUGAGCAAAGCAUUCAGCGAAAGGAUAAAGAAAUCGCUGCGGUUGUCAGUAAACUUGAAAAUGAGCAAGGGCUUGUCUCGAGAACCCAGAUGCACACAAAGGAGCUGCAACGGCGCAUCCAGGAACUCAAGAAAGAGAUGGAGCACGAGCGGCAGGCCCGGGGGAAGGCAGAGAAAGCUCGAGGACAACUGAGUCGGGAAAUGGAGGAGCUGGUGGAGAGCCUGGACAGGGCUGGAGGCGCGACUGCGGUUCAGGCCAAGCUCAACCGGGAACGGGAGGCUGAGCUGGCCGCUCUCCGCCGUGCUUUAGAGGAAGCCAGUAUGAAGCAUGAAUCUGCUUUCACCAGCCUACGCAAAAAGCAUAAUGAAGCCCUGGGAGAAAUGACUGAUCAAAUAGACCAUCUUAAUAAAAUAAAAACUAGAACUGAGAAGGACAAGGAAACCAUGCGACGAGAAGCCGAAGACGCACGAGCUGCAGUGGACGGCCUCCUUCGGGAAAAGGUUGCUGCUGAAAAGUAUCUGAAACAAGCAGAGCAGCGUUGCCAAGACACGCAGGCUAAGCUUGACGAGGCGAACCGCACCGCCGCCGACCUAGAUGUCGCGAAGAAGAAACUCGCAUCAGAGAACUCGGUCCUUCUUCUGCAGCUGGAAGAAGCCGAAAGCCAGAUUAGUCAGCUCUCUAAACUUAAAAUGUCAUUAACUAACCAACUUGAUUACAACAGAAAAUUAGCUGACGACGAAAGUAGGGAGCGUGUUACCCUGCUUGGUAAAUUCCGCAAUUUAGAACACGAUAUUAACGGUCUUCGGGAGCAACUGCAGGAGGAAGAAGAUGCAAAGGCCAAUAUUAUGCAUCAGCUCGCAAAGGCAAAUGCUGAAUCUCAGGAGUGGCGCUGCAAAUAUGAAUCUGAGGGUAUUGCUCGUGCGGAAGAACUUGAAGCUACAUGUCAGAAACUUACUACGAGACUCAGUGAAGCCGAAUCACAACUAGAACAUCUGACGACGAAAAACCUUACCCUUGAGGAAAACAAGCAACGCUUGGCCACACAACUUACUACGANCGUCGCUUGUGCUCUUUUGGCUUUACCACUGCUAAUGGGUGGAAAUACGCCCGAAACGUUUGGAAAUUUCCAUGAAAAAGAGGACAAAGACGCUCAUGCUCAUGCUAUAAGCACAUCAAAGUUAACUGCAGAAGUCGAAAUCAAAGUAAAAACACUUUAUUCUAUUAAUUACAAUGGUUAUUCUUUUUACAUGGAUUGUGACAGUGUGCAGGGCAGCUCGAAGAAACUAAGAGUCAUCGGUAUAUUGAACAAUGAGACAGUUAUUUAG